AUGGCUUCAGACUUGGAAGAUAUAAGAAAUGAAACAGUUGAUCUCGAAACCAUCCCGAUUGAGGAAGUGUUCACACAGUUGAAGUGUUCAAAGGAAGGAUUGACUUCAGAUGAAGGAGCGAAGAGGCUCGAGAUUUUCGGGCCGAAUAAACUCGAGGAGAAAAAAGAGAGCAAGUUCCUCAAGUUUUUAGGGUUCAUGUGGAAUCCUCUCUCUUGGGUUAUGGAAUCUGCUGCAAUCAUGGCUAUUGUUUUGGCCAAUGGAGGGGGGAAGCCACCGGAUUGGCAAGAUUUCGUCGGUAUCAUGACGUUGCUCGUUAUCAACUCGACGAUUAGUUUCAUCGAAGAAAACAAUGCCGGAAAUGCCGCUGCAGCUCUUAUGGCUGGCCUUGCUCCCAAGACUAAGGUUUUGAGAGAUGGAAAGUGGUCUGAGCAGGAUGCAUCAAUCCUAGUACCGGGUGACCUCAUCAGCGUGAAGUUGGGUGACAUCAUCCCCGCCGAUGCUCGUCUCUUGGAAGGCGAUCCCUUAAAGAUCGAUCAAUCCGCCCUGACCGGAGAGUCCCUUCCGGUAACAAAGCACCCCGGAGACGAGGUUUUCUCCGGCUCCACUUGCAAGCAAGGCGAGCUCGAGGCGGUGGUUAUUGCCACCGGGGUCCACACCUUCUUCGGCAAAGCCGCUCAUCUCGUCGAUAGCACCAACAAUGUCGGCCACUUCCAAAAGGUUUUGACUUCGAUCGGGAACUUCUGCAUCUGCUCGAUCGCGGUGGGAAUGCUGAUCGAGGUGGUUGUGAUGUACCCGAUCCAGCACCGAAAGUACAGAGAAGGGAUCGACAAUCUGCUAGUGCUCCUCAUCGGCGGUAUCCCGAUCGCUAUGCCGACAGUGCUGUCGGUGACAAUGGCGAUCGGGUCCCACCGCCUGUCGCAGCAAGGCGCCAUCACCAAGAGGAUGACAGCCAUCGAGGAAAUGGCGGGAAUGGACGUGCUUUGCAGCGACAAAACCGGUACCCUCACACUCAACAAGCUCACAGUCGACAAGUCCCUCGUCGAGGUUUUCCCCCAGAACGCAGACCAGGACACCGUUUUGCUUCUCGCCGCACGCGCUUCGAGGGUCGAGAAUCAAGAUGCCAUCGAUGCUUCCAUCGUCAACAUGCUCGAUGACCCCAAGGAGGCAAGAGCAGGAAUUACGGAAGUGCAUUUCUUGCCGUUUAAUCCGGUGGAUAAGCGUACCGCAAUUACAUAUUACGACACCGAUGGAAACUGGCAUAGGUGCAGCAAGGGUGCUCCUGAGCAAAUCAUUGAACUAUGUGAGCUCAAAGGGGAAGUCUUGAAGAGGGCUCACGAGAUAAUCGACAACUUUGCAAACCGCGGUCUUCGUUCUCUUGGCGUCGCUCGACAGACGGUUUCGGAGAAAACGAAAGAGAGCGCCGGAGACUCGUGGGAGUUUGUGGGUUUAUUGCCUUUGUUCGACCCUCCGAGGCACGACAGUGCGGAGACCAUAAGGAAAGCCCUAGACCUAGGUGUGAACGUGAAGAUGAUCACCGGUGAUCAAUUAGCCAUCGGCAAAGAAACCGGACGAAGGCUCGGUAUGGGAACCAACAUGUACCCGUCGUCGUCACUCCUCGGCCAGAGCAAGGACGAGUCCAUCUCUUCAAUCCCCAUCGACGAACUCAUCGAAAAAGCCGAUGGUUUCGCCGGAGUCUUCCCGGAGCACAAAUACGAGAUUGUGAGGAAGCUUCAAGAGCUAAAGCACAUCUGCGGUAUGACCGGAGAUGGUGUGAACGACGCACCGGCUUUGAAAAAGGCCGACAUAGGCAUAGCAGUGGCCGAUGCAACCGAUGCCGCUAGGGGCGCGUCGGACAUAGUGUUGACCGAGCCGGGGCUAAGUGUGAUCAUAAGCGCGGUCCUUACGAGCCGAGCCAUCUUCCAGAGGAUGAAGAACUACACCAUCUACGCGGUCUCGAUCACCAUCCGUAUAGUCAUGGGAUUCAUGCUCAUCGCGCUUAUCUGGAAGUUCGACUUCUCGCCGUUCAUGGUUUUGAUUAUCGCCAUUCUCAACGAUGGCACAAUCAUGACGAUAUCAAAGGAUAGGGUUAAGCCGUCACCGGUCCCCGAUUCUUGGAAGCUCAAUGAGAUUUUUGCUACCGGGAUUGUGCUCGGAACAUACAUGGCUCUCAUGACUGUCAUUUUCUUCUAUCUUGCCUCUGAUACCGACUUCUUCUCCGAUACAUUCAAUGUGAAAUCAAUGAGGGGAAACCCUAAUGAGCUAACGGCUGCACUCUACCUACAAGUGAGCAUUAUCAGUCAAGCAUUGAUCUUCGUGACGAGAUCGAGAAGCUGGUCGUUCGUCGAACGACCAGGUUUCUUGCUCUUGGGAGCUUUCUUGAUUGCCCAAUUGUUGGCAACGGUGAUAGCGGUGUAUGCAAAGUGGGAAUUCGCAAGAAUCAGCGGCAUCGGGUGGGGAUGGGCCGGAGUUAUCUGGAUCUUCAGCAUCGUUACGUACUUCCCGCUCGACGUUCUCAAGUUCAUAAUUCGCUUCGCUUUGAGUGGCAAAGCUUGGGAUUCAAUGAUUCAGAACAAGACUGCUUUCACUACGAAGAAGGAUUACGGUAAGGGCGAGAGAGAAGCGCAGUGGGCCGUAGCUCAACGAACCCUACACGGAUUAUCGACUACAGAAAAUGCGGCCCUUUACAACGACAAGAACUACCGGGAAUUAUCCGAGAUCGCUGAACAAGCAAAAAGAAGAGCUGAAGUUGCAAGAAACAUGUUGCAGGCUGAGGGAGCUCCACACACUUAAGGGACACGUGGAGUCGGUGGUGAAGCUGAAAGGAUUGGAUAUUGAUACAAUCCAGCAACAUUACACUGUGUAACAUUCAUUACAAGUGAAGAUUGACAGACAAUUGUUUUUUAUUUGGUUUGUAAUACUUCUAUGUUGAUGAAUAAUUAAUCCUGGGAGAAGGGAUAUGUAUUUUUGCAUAGAAGUUUAAUAUAAAGAAAUUAUUAAUACAUGUCCCAUUUUAUAUUUUCUUUUUG